GGAAGAUCUCUGCAGCAAGCUGAGAGGAUGUGGGAAGGGGUCUCCCUUGCCGCUGAGUUCUCCGAGUUUGCGGUGCUGGCCUGUGCAGGAAAAGCACGUUCUCUGGUUUUGCAAACUCACCCCUCGGGUAGAGCGGAGGGGACAGCGGGGUAGCGGCGGGAACCUCUGAGCUUGCUGCGGAGCCGGCUGUCACCCGGGGAAGUUCUUUGGUGCAUCGCGUCGCAACAGUGGCUUCUUGGGGGAACGUGCUUAGAGUCUGAGAAAAAUGGCAAAUAUGGAUAGUAAUUCUGGGCAUCUUCUCAUCCCUGAGGUAGAUCUUGAAAUAAAUCCUGGACCUAUGAAUAUUCAAUAUGAUUCAUCAGAUCUACGGUCCAAAAGGCCUUUCUAUAUAGAGCCCACAAACAUCGUUAAUGUGAAUGAUGUCAUUCAGAGAGUUAGUGACCACGCCUCGGCCAUGAACAAGAGGAUUCAUUACUACAGCCGGCUCUCCACUCCUGCAGACAAGGCCCUGAUUGCCCCAGAUCAUGUAGUUCCAGCUCCAGAUGAGUGCUAUGUGUAUAGUCCAUUGGGUUCUGCUUAUAAACUUAAAAGUUACAGUGAAGGAUAUGGUAAAAAUACCAGCUUAGUAACCAUUUUUAUGAUUUGGAAUACCAUGAUGGGAACAUCUAUACUAAGUAUUCCUUGGGGCAUAAAACAGGCUGGAUUUACAACUGGAAUAUGUGUCAUCAUGCUGAUGGGCUUUUUAACACUUUAUUGUUGCUUCAGAGUAGUGAAAUCACGAGCUAUGAUAUCAUCAGUAGAUACCACUACCUGGGAAUAUUCAGAUGUCUGCAAAUACUAUUUUGGUUCCUUUGGGCAGUGGUCAAGCCUCCUUUUCUCCUUGGUGUCUCUCAUUGGAGCAAUGAUAGUUUAUUGGGUGCUUAUGUCUAACUUUCUUUUUAAUACUGGAAAGUUUAUUUUUAAUUUUAUCCAUCAGAUUAAUGACACCGACACUAUACUGAGUACCAAUGAUAGCAACCCAGUCAUUUGUCCAAGUGCCGGGGCUGGCGGCCAUCCUGACAAUGGCUCUGUGAUUUUCUCCACCAAUAACACGGGACUCCAACAGUUUGAAAAGUGGUGGAGUAAGUCCAACACGGUGCCCUUGUACCUCAUAGUGCUCCUCCUGCCCCUGCUCAAUUUCAGAUCUCCUUCAUUUUUUUCAAAAUUUAAUGUCCUAGGCACAGUGUCCGUUCUCUAUUUGAUUUUCCUUGUCACCUUAAAGGCUAUUCGUUUGGGAUUUCAUUUGGAAUUUCAUUGGUAUAUGCCAACAGAAUUUUUUGUACCAGAGAUAAGAUUUCAGUUCCCACAGCUGACUGGAGUGCUGACCCUUGCUUUUUUUAUUCAUAAUUGUAUUAUCACACUCUUGAAGAACAAUAAGAACCAAGAAAACAAUGUGAGGGAUUUAUCCAUUGCUUAUAUGCUGGUGACAUUAACUUAUCUCUAUAUUGGAGUCCUGGUUUUUGCUUCAUUUCCUUCACCACCAUUAUCCAAAGACUGUAUAGAGCAGAAUUUUUUAGAUAACUUCCCUAGCAGUGACAUCCUGUCCUUCAUUGCAAGGAUAUUCCUGCUGUUCCAGAUGAUGACUGUGUACCCACUCCUAGGCUACUUGGCUCGUGUCCAGCUACUGGGCCAUGUCUUCGGUGACAUUUAUCCUAGCAUUUUCCAUGUGCUGAUUCUUAAUCUAAUUAUUGUGGGUGCUGGAGUGAUCAUGGCCUGUUUCUACCCAAACAUAGGAGGAAUCAUAAGAUAUUCAGGAGGAGCAUGUGGCCUGGCCUUCAUAUUCAUAUACCCAUCGCUCAUCUGUAUAAUUUCCCUUCACCAGGAAGAGCGGCUGACGUGGCCUAAAUUAAUCUGUCACAUUUUCAUCAUCAUUUUGGGCUUGGCUAACCUGAUUGUUCAGUUUUUUAUGUGAAAUACAAAACUGUCUUCUCAAGAUCUUUCAUGGUAUUUUGAACUUCUGACAACAAUUCCACAUUAAUUCACUUGUAAAUACUGCCGUUGUACCUCUAAAUGUUUUACCAGGACAAUUUGAUAACAAGGGAAAUAGUAGUCCAUUAAUAAAUAAUUUUGAUUAGAGUGGUAAAAGGCAGUAAGAAUGAUCUUUUUCUCUUUACCUUUUUCAUGUUGGCUCACCUCUUCAUUCUUACUGUCUUUUUUGAGUUGAAAUGAAUGCCCUUAGGAAAAAUCAUGCUGGGUCUUGUUUUAGAGAUAUAAGGUAGGUAGGUUUAUUUUGGCUACAAUAAAGAUUCUCAGGGUUCGCAGCAAUGUAUUGCCAGAUCCUAUUUCUCUUUUAUGGUCCAGUGUAUUUACUUGCAUUUUGUUACUUGCUGGACCUUUUCUUCUAUUUGCCCAAACCUUUACUGUUUGAAACAGUAAACUAAAUACCUCAUUUUAAAAAAGAAAUCUUCGUAACAUUAGUGUUAAUGGAGUGAAUUCUUAACUGAGUGCUUAAUUCCAUUUAAAAUAAAGAAAGAAAACGACAAAGUUGUUUCAGGCCCCAUGGUCAUGAAUUUAUGCAAAAUAAAUGAACUUGGAGAUUUU